UGAGGAACAUUCCGGCAAACCGUCAGGAGCCUUCAAGAACACGCAGGACUGAUCGGGAACCCUCGGGAGUUAUUUUUGAAAGAGCAAAGCCAGUCAUCCUCAGAGGAAGGCCGCUCGCUGGCCCCAAGACUCAGAUCCCGUGACCGAGCGCAACUGAGCGUCGCUUGUCUUCUCGCCGCCUUGGGACGCGCGGGGGGGGGGGGCGGAGCCUCGCCUACAUAAGGACAAACGGUCAAAGAACACGAGAGCACUUCGGCCUCGGCGGCCGAGAUGGACGAGCCGAGCCCGAGGGAACGAGAACUUCUGAAGAUCCGGCGGGACAGCGACAGCAAGGCGGCGCAGCUGCUGAAGAUGGAGAAAGUCAUGCAGCAGACCAAAGACCUGAUGGACAAGCGCAGCGAGCCCGACAAGGUCCGAGAAAACAUGGUGGAGGACCUGGAGGAGAAGGUGCGCUCCAGCCGCCGUCACAGGCGGAAUUCGCUCCACCACACGCAGAUGCUGGAGAGUCAAAUGAAGACGGUGAAGGGCGAGCUGGAGGGGACGCUGGACCACCUCCAAGAGCUGCGCGACGUCCUGCGCCGCUCGCAGCAGAAAGCCGAGGAGCGCAAGGCCGCCAUGGAGAAGAUGGCCGCCGGACUCAUGUGAACGCCGGGUCCGGGCGUCUUCUUCCUCGUCCAAAACAAUACCGCCGACUCGACUCGAUCAAACCGGUCCAGACUAGAUGACGUUAGACAAGAAUAGACCCGCGCCUGGGUGACGCCGCUUCCCUGAAGACACGUGCGAGCUCGAUUGACGGUUAGCCGCGUAAGGAGGAGGCUGACGCCGCGUACGGUGCGAUACGCUCUUCUCGACCACAUUAGACCGGUUUGGGUCAUCCGAGUAUUGACUCAAUUCGACAAGAUUCAACGGCAUCAACGCGAUCGUAGAAUAGACUCGACUCGACUCGUGCGCUAAAAUUUGCCUCAACUGGACGAGGUUCCGCUUCACAAAAAAAUCGACAAGAAGACGACAAUCGAGAAAAGUCAGCGAAGAGCGAGAAGACGAGAUCAGCGUGGCUACACGACCGUCGACCUGAUCAAACGGGA